GGAAAUGGCGGCGUUUACGAGAUCGCCGCAGACGGAGGUGAGACCGAAGUUGUUAUGCCCGGGGGACCAACUGAGUGGUGGUACUGAAGCUGCUUUCCCGGAUCUUGAACGAGUCGUGAAUGGUUGGACACUCGAGUUUAACUUGCACUGUUCGUUCAAUGCACUCCGAGCUGGGCAACAUGAGCAGUUUUGCGCCAUUCUGAAUGUGAUAACAGCUAUUUUAAAUCGACCAUACGUUGACACAGAUGAGAUUGGAAAGAAGCUUCUAACAAUUCAAUUUCUAUCCAAAUUUGAGAAUGAUGCCAUACCAUUGGAAUCUGUUUUAACAAUUCUGGAUCAGAUGAAGGCAGAGUUCUCACUGAGUGAAGAUUUGUUCCAAGAGGUCAGAGGAGCUGUGGUGCAGCAGGCUACAGUUCAGUCCAUUAAGAAGAACUGUUUUCUAGAAGCUUCUCAGAUCUUGGAACGGCAUUACAAAGAGGGCAGUGUUGAUGAGAAAUUGCUUUCAGCAGUUCGAGAGAAGAAUUCAACCCAUCUUGAUCUCCAUCUGUUUUCAUACAGCAGUUUGAAAGGGAAGAUGCUGCUCUUUGCGGAAAGCUUAAUUGACCAUUCUGAACCAUUUCUUCUUCUCAGUGCAAAAACCUCCAUAUCAAGAUCAGCAGAAGUCCACAAUGAGGAAUUAAGAAUGGACUGUAGUCAAGAGGUGCAUCAGGAAAGGCAGGCUUCAGAAUGGAAUAAAUCCACAUCAAAUCCAAUAGAUAAAUGUUCUAUUUGUUCUAAUAGAGUGGAAAUUCAGCCUGGUCAUCCAAACAGCUAUGUAGCCCUACAAACAGCAUUCUGCAUCCUCCAUAAAUUAGAAGCAGAUCCAUUGACAGCUUUUAAAGAAAUAGAUGUAUUGGAUUUUGAAUUGGUUGGAAACAGCAAAUUACAAACUAUGACAGGACACAAGAAGCAGACGGUUGAGGAAAAUGCUAUUCAACGAUCUGAGAAGCCAGCUGCAAAGUGCAUACAGGCUGUUUCUCGGUUUAUUACUGAUCCAGACAGUCAGGAUGAGGUAGAAUGUCUUGAUACAGGAAACAAGUCUGAAAAUAGACUGGGCUUUCACCAAGACAGUGUGAAAUCUAUACAAACACGUGAAAGGGAUGGCAGUCUUAAAGCAAUUUCACCUAAGGAAACCACCUUGCGACGAGGCAAGUGGUGUAACCAGGUGAAUUAUCCUGGAGGCAUUGAGGGCAAGGAAGAAUGGAGUGAUGAAGAAUUUCUUUUUGAUGUACCUAAAAAAUAUUCCAUCCGAAAUGGAAGAACUUCACCAACAGAGAGUAAUUUUUCCUGUUCAUCUAAAAGACAGAAAUGGACAGUUGAAGAAAGUGAAUGGAUUAAACUGGGUGUAAAAAAGUUUGGAUUAGGAAAUUGGCAGAAGAUCCUGAAACAUUACCCAUUUUGUGAUCGCACAGGUAUCAUGAUUAAAGAUCGAUGGCGAACAAUGCAAAAGCUUGGAAUGACUUAAAAGGCGUUAUUGAACUUUUUAAACAGUUGCCCUAAUUGCCUUGUGUGAUAUGUAAAACACAUUGGUCUUUACUGUCAAAGAAUAUUGAAUAUCUACCUAAUGUUAGAUUGUGUGGAAAGCCAUGCCUUUUUCUGUUGGAAUUAGUGCCCUCAGGUACCUUCCUUGCAUUCAGGAAUUGUGGUCUCUGGAAGUUUUUAUCUUUGUGUUUCGUAAGUGACAUUGUUCAGUACAACUAAGGUGAUUGAAGAAUUAAGCAAAUUUUUAUUCUUUCCAGUGAAAUGUUUAGUCUUUGUUCUUUGUUUGCUUUAAUAUUGUGUAUUGUAUUUGGCUCUUAAUAUUUCAAAUGCAAUUGUACACAAUACUCUGACAUUAACAAAUAAUCAUAAGACAAUAAAAAGUGCAAAAUCAUCCACCAACUUCCCUGUAAUCUUUGGACAUUAGUCAUCUUCUAUGGAUAAAUAUCAACAACUUGAUCUCCAGAAUAAGUGAAAAUCCAGCUGUACAACCUUAGCACCAGAUUUAUGUAAAUUUGCAUUUUAAAAAAUUCAUCCGACUUGGAACAUUGAAAGUUUUAUGAUGGUUAGUUGAUCUGUAAACAAUCCUGGCAUUAGUUAUGGAGUGAGGGGUUUACUAAAUCAUGAUGGUUGACUCUGCUGGUGAGAAAUUAAGUUUUAUUAAUCAUAUUUACUUUGCAAUGAAUCAUUGUAGCAUUUAUGCAAAUCUGUCUUCCUCUCACAAUAAUGGCAGAUACAUUGGUAACAAAUUUCUAUUAUUAAUAUUAGACCCCGAAAAUGUUCCUUGAGGUACUUGAUUGGGAGACAGCAAGUGAAUAUAAUUUCAUUACCAGCUACCAGGAAACCUCCAAAAAAAGCUAUGGUGGUGAUUGGCAAAACUGAAUAAUUAAGUAAAAUUCAUAUUUUUGCAUGUUCAAGUUUUAUAAUAAUUUUAUCAAUCAUUCUGUUCGUCUUUCCAUAAAAAUCAUAAAUGGUGACCAUGUUUAUUCUCAUUUAGAACUUAUCUGGUGCAAGAGUAAAGUGGCAACAAUUUUUAAACCGUGCAUUUGUUUUUGAAAAUAGUUUUGAUACAAACAGUACUUUCUCAUUUUUUAGCAUUCAUUGCAGAUAGUUUUAAUCAUGCCAGUACUCUGCAGGAGUUACUACCCGUAAUUAUAAAAUGUACAAAUAGCAGUUAGCUGCCUUAGUUAUUUCCAGCUUACUUUUUUAUGAAACUAACAAAAUUAUCUUUUGUACAAUGAAAGCAAUGCAGAUAAGAGUACUUCUAAAUUUCUAUAAUUUAGCACUGCUUUGAACAAAAACGUUUUCACAUUUUUAAUUAAAACAUGUAUAGGACACUUGGACGGUAUCUGUAUACCUUUAUCUGAAAGAUUGCUUCUAAUCUUUGUGGUGUUGCCAGUGGAAAUGUGGAAAUCUUUUGAUUUUUUAAAAUCAAAAUAUCACAAUAUUUUUAACAAAUGAAUUGCAAGUCAUUUUGCGUUCAAUGAUUGCUCAACUGAUCUAAGAUGCACAAUUUUCACCAUUUUAACCCAGUGAAAUGAUUUAGGCAUGUUGCACCCAAAAAAAUGUUUUCACACCAUUGUCUUUUACAGGUAACUUUGUUUACAAAUAUUAAACUACCUUUUCAAUUUUUUUUGGUUUUUGAAAUGUUUAUAUCGAGGUCAUGAUUGGAGAACCAUUGAAAAUAAAUUAUAUAAUUUCA